UCCGGGAAGGAUCCCGAGCGCCUGCGCCGCGGACGGUGCCGGAAGGCUGCGGGAGGCGGCCGCGGUGGCGGUGCCGGGCGGGGCGGGGGUCGCGCCGCGGGCCGGGGCAGCAGCAAGAUGCUGCCAACCACGCUGGUUAAUUCUGGGAGCCAGGGCAAUGGUGUGCUGAGCCGCAGAGAUGCUGCGAGGCACACGGCCGGAGCAAAACGCUACAAGUACCUGCGGAGGCUCUUCCACUUCCGACAGAUGGACUUCGAGUUUGCGCUUUGGCAGAUGCUUUACCUGUUCACUUCACCACAGAGGGUUUACAGGAACUUUCACUACAGAAAACAGACAAAGGACCAAUGGGCAAGAGAUGAUCCUGCUUUCCUUGUGCUGCUCAGUAUCUGGCUCUGCGUGUCUACUGUAGGAUUUGGAUUUGUGUUGGACAUGGGGUUUUUUGAAACAAUAAAACUGCUACUUUGGGUUGUAUUCAUAGACUGCGUGGGCGUGGGGCUCCUGAUUGCAACUCUGAUGUGGUUCAUUUCAAAUAAGUACUUAGUGAAGCAGCAGAACAGAGAUUAUGAUGUGGAGUGGGGAUAUGCCUUUGAUGUACAUCUGAAUGCUUUCUACCCUCUUCUAGUCAUUCUGCAUUUUAUCCAGCUGUUCUUCAUCAACUAUGUCAUCAUAUCUGAUUCUGUCAUUGGGUAUUUUGUUGGGAAUACAUUAUGGCUGAUUGCAAUUGGCUAUUACAUCUACGUGACAUUCCUAGGAUACAGUGCAUUGCCCUUUUUGAAGAACACAGCUAUUCUUUUGUAUCCAUUUGCACUUCUCAUCAUGCUCUAUUUGAUCUCAUUAGCAUGUGGAUGGAACUUCACCAAGAUGCUUUGUUCCUUUUAUAAAUACAGAGUGAAAUAAAACCAAGACUUCAUGUAUCUAAUGUUUAUUUUGUUUCUACCUUAGCCAUUUUGACAGUAAAGAAAAAAUUAAGAACAUUUUGUAUGUAAAUGGUUGUAAAUUUCUCUUUAUUGUAGAUAAUUGUGUAAAAAAGUUUGAAGUGUCCUUUUUUUAUUAAAAUAUUUACAACAGUAAA